AUGCAAAAACCGGACGGUUCAUUCGAUUUCAGCCUCGAUACGACACUCGAUGAGGAGCUGGAGAAGGAGAGGGAGCGGCAGGUGAGGAAGACACAAGUCGAAGCUGGCGAUGACCCACUCAGCUUCCUCUUGGGCAGCGUGCCCGAAGAACCCAAGAAGCCGAAGCGCAUCCUGGAGUUCGAAUCGAUUUUUGAUGUGUCGAAGCUGAUCGAAGACAAGACGCUCAAGAAGGAGGCCGCCAGCCCGGCCCAGACCAGGGCCUCGCUCUUCCUCACCGGCGGGGGCGAGGAGGACUUUCUCAGCCUCAUCGAGCAAUCGACCAAGAAACCCAACAACCGCCGUGGCUACAAUAGUCGACCCCAGGAGGAAGAGGAGGAAGUGGAAACGCCCUACGAGGAGCCCCCCAAGCCCACUCCCCUCGAAAUGCGCGAAGAGUUUGAGGCGUUCGUGUACAAGCCGGCCGAAGGAGAGCUUGCUGCCAAUGGCACCCAAAGCGUGAGUGCAGGAGGCGAUGCGAGCCGAAGCGAGGCCGACGCGCAGCAGGGCGAAGGACACGCGAACACCGAGAACGAUGCCAGCAGCAACACCGAGGAGAAGGAGAAGAAGCAGGAACCAGCGGUGGACACCGAAAUCAAGGAGGAGAACGAGAAGCAGGAGAAAAGCGACGAAAGCAAGAGCCAGGUAUCGGUGGAACGCGAACUGGACGUGCCUCACCUCACGCAGAAGGCAUUGGACCGCGAGCUGGUCUUUCUGGGUCUGCUCGGGAGCAAGCCCGCGGAGUGGAAGGAACAACUCGAGGAGCAGCGAGCGGCCUACGACGUGCUGCACAAACGAUACAUGGUCGAUCCGCACGCCGAGGGACGGGAGCUGGACCCCGCCAUCAACAACCCGCUUUCCCAGGCCGAAGAGAGCCCGUGGCAGCAGUACUUCCAGGACGCGGAGCUGAAGAAGCAGAUCGUGCUGGACAUUCGCAGGGUGUAUCCCGAGAACGGCUUCUUCAAGGACAAGGACCUGCAGGAAAUGAUGCUGCGGAUCCUCUUCAUCUACGCCCGCGAGCACGAGCACAUCCUCUACAAGCAGGUUCAAGUCUUUCCCACACUUACCUCUCUCGGUGUCGGAGGCUAA